CUGAGAGGGGAAGCUGCCCGGACCUUAGACAUCGUUACAGUGUAAGAACUGGAAAUACAGAAUAUACCGUACUGCAACAUUGAGCAUAUCAGAUAGCAUAGUGUAUUAUUAUCACACAAAAAUAAACACCUGCCCAGAGCAUAUCACAGCCCUGAUCAGGUGGGUGUUUUAGAACAAGAGCUAGCGAUCUGAAUGCGUGACUGAUCUGAAAACAGAAAGGAUAGUGCUACGGGAUACGGCUGUGCAGCAAUGAGCUUUUUCAGUUUCGGUCAAAGUGCAGAAAUCGAUAUAGUGCUGAAUGAUGCAGAGACGAGGAAAAAAGUAGAACACAAAACAGAGGAUGGGAAGAAGGACAGGUAUUUUCUCUUCUACGACGGGGAGACCGUCUCCGGAAAAGUCAACGUUACCCUGAAGAACGCAGGGAAGAGGCUGGAGCACCAAGGCAUCAAAAUUGAAUUUAUUGGGCAGAUCGAGCUGUACUACGACAGAGGGAACCACCAUGAGUUUGUGUCCCUGGUGAAAGAUCUGGCCCGGCCAGGCGAGCUCACUCAGUCUCAGACCUUUGACUUCGAGUUCACCCACGUGGAGAAACCAUACGAGUCCUACACGGGCCAGAAUGUGAAGCUAAGGUACUUCCUGAGAGCGACGAUCAGCCGGAGGCUGAACGACGUCGGCAAGGAGAUGGACAUCGUCGUGCACACGCUCAGUACGUACCCCGAGCUCAACUCCUCCAUCAAGAUGGAGGUGGGGAUUGAGGACUGCCUGCACAUCGAGUUUGAGUACAACAAGUCAAAGUACCACCUAAAGGAUGUGAUAGUGGGGAAAAUUUAUUUCCUGCUGGUGCGAAUCAAGAUCAAGCACAUGGAAAUCGACAUCAUCAAACGGGAAACCACGGGCACGGGCCCCAACGUGUACCACGAGAAUGAGACGAUAGCCAAGUAUGAGAUCAUGGACGGAGCACCAGUGAGAGGAGAGUCCAUUCCCAUCAGGCUGUUCCUGGCUGGCUACGAGUUGACGCCCACCAUGCGGGACAUCAAUAAGAAGUUCUCAGUGCGGUACUACCUCAACCUGGUGCUGAUAGACGAGGAGGAGAGGCGCUACUUCAAACAGCAGGAAAUCACGCUGUGGCGGAAAGGCGACAUCGUGAGGAAGAGCAUGUCCCACCAGGCAGCCAUCGCGUCCCAGCGGUUCGAGGGCUCCUCAAGCAUGGAGAGCAAGAUGCAGGCACAGGCACAGGCACAGGCCAAGGAGGAUGGGAACUAAACCGGCAGCCUCAUCUUGACCUCUCCUGACAGACUGUGGGGCAAAUAUAUACCGUUCCCCUGACCCCCGCCCAAACUCACCAUCACCACUGUCUAGGGAACCUUCUCUUUAACUUACAAAAAGGGGUCUGACAAUGAGAGAGAGAGGGUCAGGCUUAAGAGACAUGGUAUGUACUUUGGAACCCCACUAGACCAGCAUGAAGCUUCCACUGCCCAGUCUGUUCUGUCACUGGGCGUUCGUUCAGGUCUCAGUGUAGGGAAUGGGUUAUAAUGCUUUCUCAAUACAGGCCUACUGGAUUUUUGAGGGAGGAGGGAGGGGGGGGCAGGGCAGUGUGCUCUCUCUUUCCACUGGCAUCCAUAUACCACCUAGCAAAGUUUUCCUUUAACUUCAUGGCAUAUACUGGGGGGUAAUCCUAGAAGUACAAUUUUUCUCAAUUUAUGUCACUUUCGGCUUGGUCUCAAGUCGUAUACCCAGCCUUUGAAAUUGUAUUUUCAAGACGAAAAUAACGACUUUGUUGCUCUUCCAGCCCUAAGUGCAUGGUGUCUACAUGCAUAAAAGCAGUGCUGUGUAGAGGAGUGCAUUUUAGAAAGCAGUUUAAGGGCUUAUGAUCGCACGGGGGAAUCCAAAGUACAUCCCAUCAGCUUCUAGGCUUGAUGUGCACAAUUUACUUUUCCAUGUUUUGGUUUACAAGCAAAAAAAUAAAAAUAGAGAAACACUUUUUACAUUUUAAAGUUGUCUACAAAGCAGCUGAGGGGACGUUACCUUACUGUGUUUUCAGACCGGAGUGAUCCCUUUACUAAUAACCAAACUGCUCCCACGAUACCCAUGAUAACAGUAAUAAUCGUAUGUGUGAACGUACACAUGCAAAGCACCUGUGUAAUUCCAUUUUAUAACCAAAAGAUUACAACACAGUAUUAAACAAACACAUACUUACACCAUGUUUUAAAGCAACCGCAAAGCAUUACAGAACUGUGUUCCUCUACAUUACUCACAGCAUAACUGGCCAUCACUGCCCUCUGCAGUUCAUUUACUGGGACUGUAAGAAAACAUUCUAUUGUUCUGAUAGGACAGAGUGGGCAGUUGGCAGGAACGCAGUUAAACCCCCAUCUCAAGUAUUUACCUGCCUUACGUAUUGAACCUAGAGUGGAAUGGCCCUCCAGCACGAGGAUUGGGGAUCCCAGAUUUAAGAGAACCAGGCUGGUUGUCUCUUUACUAGACUCAACAUUAAGCUUCCGUACAUUUCUGUCUUUACUUGUAAACUUCGACGAUCUAAGGCUCCGUCAUUCCUUUAAGUGGACAGUGUAUUUUUUGUUUUAUAUAUACUUGUGCCUAUUAGUGUAUGCAUCUGCCAAAAAAAAAAAAAAAAAAAAAGUUUUUACGCUUAAAUUAGAUUUAUGCUACAAUCAAUGCGUUCCUUGUUAACCCUGUGUUGCCAGUCUCUGCUGUUUCAGAUAUUCUGCCCAGUCUAAGCAAUAGUUUUCAGCUCGGUUACAGAGAGCACAUACACUGGCGUAUAUUUAAGAGCGGAUUGUCCUACAUCACCCGGUCAUAGUGAUUGCCCGGAUAGUAACACCAGCCCAUCUCCUGACUCUAGAUCCAGAGCCUGUACUUUCUGUCAGCCCUGCUCAAUCCCCAUUCUCUUGAAAAGGCUGUGUGUGUUCUUGCAUUCAGUUAGAGUUCAUGAAAACAAAGACAAACACAUGCAUCUCUGGGCAUUAGCAAGCUGGUUAAUGUGGUAUUCGAACACAUGCAUCUCAGGGCAUUAGCAAGCUGGUUAAUGAGCUAUUCAAAUACAUGCAUCUCAGGGCAUUAGCAAGCUGGUUAAUGGACUUCCUUGUCAUUGUGGUGCAUUCAUGCUUCAUGAGUACAGUCCAGUUGUGUGAUUGUCUGUGUAAAGCAGGUAAGUAUAGUGUUGCUCUGACAAGGAUUAGAAUACGUUUUAAGACAUAGUGAGCACGUGUGUGUGUGUAUAUAUAUAUAUAUAUAUAUAUAUACAGGGGACGGAAAACGAGAAACACCUGGGAUAUGUAGCGCAUACUUUGGCGUAACUAUGCCGACAGAUUCAUUUGAGAUGCAAAUUGUGUCCUAUUCUGUAAUGCAUAGAAACGGCACCAGUCAGGAUCGGAGGAUCAGUUGAGUGGGGCAGGGCUGGGUAACACUUUACAUUGCGUCUGCAAUUACUGUGUACUUGCAUAGUAGUUACUUAGCAAAUGCAUGUGCACUUAAACAAUUCCAAUAUUAUUAUGCAUCGUUACAAUGUACUUUGUGUCAAAUCCUUUUAUAGGAUAUGCAAGUACAGUUGUAUCACAAACAUGCAGACUUUUCUGCCACCCUGGCUGCUCACAAUUGCCUACACCCUAUUGACGAUGCUGUGGCAGGUGUUUCUAUUUAUUUAUUUUUUAGGUCCAACCCCUGUAUGUACAUUUACAUAUGUUUGUUUACUCUUGGUAUUUUUUCUUUCUUGAGCAAGAGCCCCCUUAACGCAUUGCGUACCAUAGCGCUGAAAUUUUAGGCUGCAUUAACACAUGGCAUUAGAGACAACAUUCCCUUUUAUGAUUAUAAUCAUGUUAUAUACCGGUAUAUCUGCAGAUACAAACAAUAAAAUUAGUUCUCAGCAAUGAAAUAUAUAUUCCAUUUAAUAGUGAGUUGUAAGGUACUACCCACUUAGCGAAAGGGAAUUUGUACAUUUUCAGCAGAGAAAUAAAGAUUAUAUGGUAAUAUUAAAAAACAAAUCUAGAUGUUAAUACAGAUAUAAGUAUGCUGUUUACUUGUUUCUUAUAGUUUUUUUUUUUUUGCGAUUCUGUAUUUUAAAUUGGUUUUUAAUCCUAUGUCUCUGAUUAAAAGAGAGCUGUCUAAAGUG